AGUUAGUGUAUUGGUUAAAACUGAUUUACGAACUGAUAGAAACUUUUUUGUUAGGCAGACUAACAAAGGGAAACUUUUCAUUUCUCUUUUCAGACGGAAGAUACAGAUAAUCAUGAUACGUUGGGUGGCUAAGACUAUAGCGGCCAUUGCUGGUUUUAUGAUUACAAUUGCUUUUACGUUUCUACCUUUUAAAUUGAAAAAUAUCUUCAUUAGAAAAGGAACUACUGGUAAAGCAGUAUUAAGCUGUCUUAGUUGUUUUUCUGGUGGUGUUUUCUUUGGAACCUUUAUUCUCCAUAUGUUACCUGAAGUAAACCUUAUCUUGGAUGAAGCUCUUCUAAGGCCCAGACAUAUUACUUAUCCUGUUGCCGAAACUAUUAUUGCUUUGGGAUUCUUUUUGGUUUUGUAUACCGAGAAGAUAGCAAUUAUGCUUCAUUAUAAGAAAUCUUUUCAUAAAAUUGAGAAAUGCGAUACGGAUAAGCAGACAAAUGAUAAAAUAAUGAACUCUAAUGUUGAAUCAAAAUCAGUUGAUAAAGCUCAAUUUGCUCUCUUAAAUGGUUCAUUACAGCCUGAAAAUGGAAGUGAAACUAAUAUUAAUAUACAGCUUGAUGAACCUCAUGAAAUGAGAUCUGUUUUGCUAAUGGUUGCCCUCUCCCUUCAUAGAAUUUUUGAAGGACUAUCAAUUGGUUUAAAAAGCACAGUAUUUGGUGUAUGGAGUUUGUUUUUGGCUGUCAUGUGUCACGAAAUUGUAAUUGCCUUCUCCUUAGGAAUGCAUUUGGCUAAUGUCAAAACUAAAAGAACAAAACUGAUAGUCGCCGUUAUAUUUUGUUGUUUGGUUGGUCCUCUUGGAGUUGUCAUUGGUACUUUAAUAACAGAAUUGGGAACAUUAUCAAAUACUGUUAAUAUUAUAAAUGGAGUUUUACAAGGUAUAGCUACAGGUACAUUCAUCUAUGUAACCUUCUUUGAAAUUCUAAACGAAGAACUAGAAAAGAGUGUUUCGAUUAUCAAUAUGAUUUGUCUAUUUGUUGGCUUUGCAACUAUGGCCGCUUUGGGAUUCAUUCCAGAGAAUUCUAUUGAGGAAAGUAUUAUCAACAAUAGUACUUCAAUCAUUUAG